UCAAGAAGAAAGACACGUUAGCGGUGGUAAGAUGGCAAGCUAUUUGACGGAUCGAAUUUUAGAAUAUCUGGAUACACAUGGCGAAACGAAUUCGUUAUAUUUGGCAGAUAUACUUCAAGAGGAUCAUCAAAAGAUCGUAGGCGCGAUCAAAAGUCUCGAGACGAUCCAUGACUUGAUCACAGUAAAACCAAGUUCCCAAAAAAAAUGGGAAAUUACCGAUGAAGGAAAAUACGUAAUAGAACAUGGCAGUCACGAAGCGGCUGUUUAUAAUGCUAUCCCUGAUGAAGGGAUAUCUCAGGCCAAACUUAUCAAAUCUAGCCCUUAUGCUAAAGUAGGUUUUUCUAAGGCAAUGGUUAUAGGGUGGAUCGGGCUUGAUAAAAGUGGAAACAUUCCUACUGUACGAAAGAAAGUACCGUCCAUUAUAGAUAGCCUUCAGAUACAUUUGAAGAAUCUCACAAAUGUCCCGGAAAAUCUUAAAGCAGAAUAUAAGAAGAGAAAGUUAUUGCAAGAGGUGAUGAUAAAAAUUAUGCAUCUUGAAAAGGGACCAAAUUUUUCUACAAAGAUAGAAAAGUUAGAAACAGACUUGACAUCAAAUUUAUUGGUAAAUGGUGCUUGGAAAGAUAAAAAAUUUAAACCAUACAAUUUUGACGCUCUAGGUGCAUCACUUCAAAUAGGACAUUUACAUCCAUUGUUAAAAGUUCGUCAUGAAUUCAGGAAAAUCUUCUUGGAAAUGGGAUUUACUGAAAUGCCAUCAAAUAAUUACAUAGAAAGUUCUUUUUGGAAUUUUGACGCUCUUUUCCAGCCGCAGCAACAUCCUGCUCGUGAUGCUCAUGAUACUUUUUUCAUCUCUGAACCUUGUCUUAGCACAAAGUUCCCUAUGGAAUAUUUGGAAAGAGUGAGGACUGUUCACAGUAAAGGAGCAUAUGGAUCUCAAGGUUAUAGAUAUGAUUGGAAGUUGGAAGAGGCACAAAAAAAUUUGCUGCGCACUCAUACAACAUCCAAUAGUGCACGAAUGUUAUAUAAACUUAUGGAGAAAGGAGAUUUUAAGCCGAUCAAGUACUUCAGUAUUGAUAGAGUAUUUCGCAAUGAAACUUUAGAUGCGACACAUCUUGCUGAAUUUCAUCAAGUUGAAGGUGUCGUUGCCGAUUACAAUCUUACACUGGGUAAUCUUAUUGGCAUAUUAUAUGAAUUCUUUAGUAAACUUGGUAUUACUCAACUUCGAUUCAAACCUGCAUAUAAUCCGUACACUGAGCCGAGUAUGGAAAUAUUCUGUUUUCAUAAUGGAUUAGAGAAAUGGAUAGAAAUUGGUAAUAGCGGUAUGUUUAGACCUGAAAUGUUAUUGCCAAUGAAUCUACCUCCUGAUGUAAAUAUCAUUGCAUGGGGUUUGUCAUUAGAAAGGCCAACAAUGAUUAAAUAUGGUUUAAACAAUAUACGCGAUCUUGUUGGACCAAAAGUGGACAUGGAAAUGGUUCAUAACAAUCCAUUAUGUCGAUUAGAGAAAACUAGCCGAAUGAUAUGUUCACGAUGGAGAAUACAGCAAGAAGAAAAGCCGGUAAAAACACAGUCAAAUCAAGAACCAAAAAUCAAGCAGGUGGCAAAGUUGUCAAAAAAGCCCAAGUUUUUUAAACAGGAACUUGUUAUCUUUUGCGAUCCAAAACAUCCAAUUUAUUUUAUUGAACCAUUUUUGCAAUUCAUAUCACCGUACUUUCAUGUUUCUAUGUCAACAUACAUUCACUCUACAGUGGCAAACUUACCUGAUGAGCUUGCUAGCUUUGGUUUGCUUCAUUUCAGCAAAAACACAAAUGUGGAUCUAUCUUUAACUAUAAUUUGGAAAACUAUUGGACUCGAUCCCAUUAUGGUGUUGCCAAGAAUGCAUAAAAUUUUGGGAAUGGUAAAUAUAGCACGGUAUUUAAAUCGUUUAAUUGAACAGGUUGACACGAAUAUAUUAAAAUAUGAAACAAAUGGCUUACUUUAUGCAAGUAAGAUAGAUCUUUAUUUAGAUAAAAUACAUUGUGUUUUACAUGACACGGACAGUAGAUCACUGAAAUUAUGUAAAAAAUUACAUUAUAUAAUGGGAAAAGAUAUCUCGAUAAUCGAUUUUAUUCUUAAGUAUAUUGAUAGAUAUGGGAUAAAAAAGAAAAGUUAAUUAAUUAAAUCUUAUUUAUUUUGUGAAUAAAAAUAAAGUACGGCAAAGCUAAAAAAGAGACAUUUAUUUAAGUAUAUAUAUGUCUUAUUGAAAUAAAAUAAAAUAGUAAUAUUUUUUUAAUAAAACUAAAAAUAAACGUAAGUGCUUAUAUGUAUCUUCGCGGAUGUUGAUGCAUAAAUUAUAUUCGCGAAAUAUACAAUUCACAA